CUAAAGGCAGCACGAUGAGAAAUAACUUUUUGUUGCUACUAAUCGUUCUUCAAUUGUGGGACUUUGCCAUGCCAACUCCGACGGUCGAAGACCCAUCACAGCUUGUCGAGUCGAAUCGCACAGUCGUAAAUGUGGAUGCAGAGUCUAAAUAUCAAACUAACUUCCCCAUUCAAAUUGGCAACAAGUUCUACCGUGCUGAGACCAAUUUGAAGGCCAACUGGCAUCAGGCGGCGCACAAUUGCCGGAAACUGGGAGGACACUUGCUCAAUAUUGAGAGCAGCACGGAAAUGGAUGUGAUCCUAUCGGUCAUCCCAUCUAGCAGAUAUUGGACAUCAGGUAAUUGCCUGGCUAAGGACAGAGUAUGGAUCUCUAUUGCCGCAGGUGAGGCCAUGCCUUAUCUGAGAUGGCAGGAAGGGGAACCCAACAAUCUUUUUGGCGAAGAGUUCUGCGUCGAAAUCAAAAGAACUUUACUCAACGAUGAAGACUGUGGUGCUAACCUAAACUACAUAUGCGAAGCCAAGACAUUGUAAGAAGACUGUAAA